GCCUGAUUUGUGUGUGCAGAGCGGUGUGUGUGUGAGUGAGAGUGGAAAAGAAUAAAAAUGGCGGCCGACGGAGUCGCAGAGUCUAACCUGGAGCUGAGCUCAUGGAGUGUCCCUGAGUUACAGGCCAAGCUGGCGGAGAUCGGAGCUCCGGUACUGGGUCCGAGAGAAGAGUUAAUAGACAGACUGAAGUCUUACACCAUGCAGACGGGUGCAAUGUUGACUAAACCCAGCUUAGUGGGUGGAGAUGACAAGACCAUGCCCACGAUCCCAGGUUUGCCCCCCAUGCCCCCGAUGCCUUCCAUGCCUCUGCCUCCAGGCAUGGGUGUCCUGCAGGCCAUGGGCAUGAUGGGAGGACCUCCACCACCUGGUAUACGCAUGAGCAUGGAGCCGCCGGGUGUCUCCUCUGGAAUGGCGCAGGACGAUCCGCAGAAGAUGGUCCAGAGAGCUGGUCAGGGAGAUUCCAGAGUGAUGGAUGAGCAGCUAAAGGAGCAGGAGCUUCUCGAGCAACAGAAGAGAGCUGCACAGUUGCUGGAGCAUGAGAGACAGCAGGAGCUUGUCAAGCUGCAGCAGACAGGACCACCAGGCACCCGGGUUCCAGGACCUGGACCCAACCUGCUGCCCCCUAUUCCUCCUCUCAGAGUCUUGACAACCAGUGCCCCACCACCUCCAGGCGUUUCCAUGAUAUCACAGAGCAAUCAGAAGCAGAGAGUACCACCUCCGCCUGGAGAGGACGCCAGAGAGAUGUGGCAGAGCGACGAUGUGGGAAUCGGGCCGAAGAUCCCUCAGGCUCUGGAGAAGAUCCUGCAGCUGAAGGAGAUCAGACAGGAGCAGCUCACUGCUGCCCCUACAGAAGAUGAUGAUGAGGACACGGCCGACAUGGACAUGAACAGCUCUCGUCCAUAUUCAGACGAUGAAGAUGAAGGCACCCUUUCUAAAAAGGAUAAAAGCCGCAGACGCAGAAACCGGAAAAAGAAGAAGAAGAAGAAUCAGGAGAAGAAUGAGCAAGCGGAGACGAGAAAGAACGACGCUGAGAAGGACAAAGAGAAGGAGCCUGAGGUGGAGAUCGAGUACGUCACAGAGGAGCCGGAGAUCUACGACCCCAACUUUAUUUUCUUCAAGAGGAUCUUCGAAGCGUUUAAACUGACAGAUGAGGUGAAGAAGGAGAAAGAGAAGGAGCCGGAGAAGGCUGAGAAGCUGGAGAUCACAUCGUAUAAGAAGAAAUUUUUAGAGGAGAAGAAGGACAGCGACGACAGCGAUGAGGAAGCCAAACCAGAUGUGCCAAAACUCUCCAAGAAGAAGCUAAGAAGGAUGAACAGGCUGACUGUAGCUGAGCUCAAACAGCUGGUGGCUCGUCCGGACGUGGUAGAGAUGCAUGACGUGACGGCGCAGGAGCCCAAGCUGCUGGUGCACCUGAAGGCCACGAGGAACACCGUACCCGUCCCACGCCACUGGUGCUUCAAGAGGAAGUACCUACAGGGUAAAAGGGGUAUCGAGAAACCACCCUUCGAGCUGCCUGAGUUCAUCAAACGCACCGGCAUCCAGGAAAUGAGGGAGGCGCUGCAGGAGAAGGAGGAUGCUAAAACUAUGAAGACCAAAAUGCGAGAGAAAGUCCGUCCGAAGAUGGGUAAGAUCGACAUCGACUACCAGAAGCUCCACGACGCCUUCUUCAAGUGGCAAAUCAAACCGAAACUCACCAUCCACGGAGACCUUUACUAUGAGGGUAAAGAGUUUGAGACACGACUGAAGGAGAAGAAGCCAGGAGAUCUGUCUGAUGAGCUGAGAAUCGCUCUGGGCAUGCCCACAGGCCCUAACUCCCAUAAGGUUCCUCCUCCGUGGCUUAUUGCCAUGCAGAGAUACGGUCCUCCGCCUUCCUACCCUAAUCUCAAGAUCCCUGGCCUCAACGCCCCCAUUCCUGAGAACUGCUCGUUUGGUUAUCACGCUGGAGGAUGGGGUAAACCUCCCGUAGACGAGACUGGAAAACCUCUUUACGGAGACGUGUUUGGUACCAACGCUAUUGACUUCCAGGCCAAAGCAGAGGAGGAGGAAGUAGACCGAACCCCGUGGGGUGAACUCGAACCGUCAGACGAAGAGUCUUCAGAAGAGGAGGAAGAAGAAGAGAGUGACGAGGACAAACCCGACGAGUCCGGUUUCUUCACACCGGCCGACAGCGGUUUAAUCACUCCAGGUGGCUUCUCCUCCGUUCCUGCUGGCAUGGAGACUCCAGAGCUGAUUGAGCUCAGGAAGAAAAAGAUUGAAGAGGCGAUGGAUGGAAACGAAACUCCUCAGUUGUUUACGGUGCUGCCAGAGAGACGAACUGGCCCUGUGGGAUCGGCCAUGAUGGCGUCCACACACAUCUACGAAAUGUCUGCGGCGGGAGCUGCGCGCAAGGUGGCUGCAGUAACCGGGUUGGGAGGAGACUCCCAGGGUGUGGAGGUGGCUCUGGCUCCCGAGGAGCUGGAGCUCGAUCCGAUGGCUAUGACGCAGAAGUACGAGGAGCACGUGCGCGAGCAGCAGGCUCAGGUGGAGAAGGAGGACUUCAGCGACAUGGUGGCCGAGCACGCCGCCAAACAGAAGCAAAAGAAAAGGAAAGGCCAACCCCAGGACACUCGCGCCGGAGCCAAGAAAUACAAAGAGUUCAAGUUUUAAAGAGGAGACGAGCGUGAGACCGCAGAUAAUUACACUGUCUGUUUUGUUUUUUCUUUUUAGAGUCAGCUCUGUAGAAACGUGUACGUCGAAGAGAAGCAGUUUUCACAUGUUUCACUGUCUUUUGUAAAUAAAAUAAAAAUCCAUACUGUCGUA